AUGAAGCAGGAUAACAAGGUGAAUAGAACGCUAGACUCUCCACUGGAGUACCCCGCUGCGCUUCUUAAGAGCCGUUUCCAUCGUCCAGAGUACCUCUACACUGUCGUCGACGGAGCACAGCAUCUCGAUGAAUGCGACAAUGGCACCCUCGAUGUCUUCACCAAGGCCGGUAUCGAAGCGCAUUUGUCACGCAAGAAGGACUGCAAUCUCAAUGGUCUCGUAUCGACAUAUGAAGACGAAAAGAUAGCACUGAAGCGCGGAAAAGGGGAGAAUUCAGUCAAACUGAUACUGAGGACGAGUGGCUUAGUGCCAGCAUGGCUAACAACUGGAGAUAUCAAAAUCCCCAUCUGGGUUUCUCAGAAAACCGAGGGAAGCCCCCGCGUGAAACACGCACAGCCCAACGUGUGGAUUUGUCUCGACGAAGCGAAAGUCGUACUGGACAUACCUGAUCAUCUCUGCGACAAAGGCGAAUGGCUCGUUCAUGGCCAUUCAAUCAAGCAACGAGCCGCCGAACGCAUCGCAACACAACAUUCCCGGAUACCAAAGCGCAAUACAGACGUGGAAGCAUAUGGCGUCUUUGACGACGAAGAAAGAGAAGGACAAGACAAGCGCUCAAACCGAGAACAACACCACCUGGUCGAAGACAAACACACAGAGAAUCCAAGUACAAAAGACACAUCCUACUUCCUCGAGGAACCCUGCAUUCCCACGCGCAAAUCCUCCCUAAGGAGCCUCAAGCCUAAACCCAGUAACCCCCCGCCCACCGCCACCACGCAGAGCCCCCAGCUCCGCCUCGCAACGCGCAACGCAACAAUCACGCUUACAAACGCUGACCAGUCGCACGCUGCGUCACUGAUGAAGUACGCUCUGCUAAUGGCAUAUGGGAAGAAGCCAGAGGCAGAGGAAACAUGGCCCCUCGACACGUCUUCUAUAUCGAGUCUCUCAUCACCAGGCGCGAGAAGCGAGAACGAAGACGGGGAGAAACAAGUGUGGUGCGAAAAUCUGGAGGUGAAUAUCGAUGUAGACAUGCAGAGCGAGUCUAGUGAGCUCGAGGCUAUGUAA